AUGAACGAUGACGUGGCUGGUGCGAUCGAAAAGAUUCUGAGGACGAGGUCUGCGCAGGUCCCCAUCCGCAAGCUCAAGGUCAGGUUCCUCCUGAGGAUCCGCGACUGUCUCUCCAUCGGCAACUCCGUCGCCCUCGCCGCGGCGACCCAGAAACUCGACGCCGCCGAGUUCGAAAUCUCGACGCAGGAAACUUGGUGCAACGCUGACGAGCUCGUGUCCUACGCGAAACAGUUUAAUGCUUUCUUCGGCGCUUGUCCGGAUGCAUUCGCUGCUCUCACGCGGCUCCAUCUGCAAGAUAUGAGGCUUGGGGAAUCGGACCUGCGCGGCAUCCUUUGCACCUGCAAGCGGCUGGAGUCCUUGGGUUUAUACCAGUGCGACGCGGGGAUUGGUUCAGUGCUGCAAAUAGAACACGCCACGCUCGUUGAGCUCGACAUCAACCAUGGGUCGUUCAGGACGGUGCGACUCAACUGUCUACCAAAGCUCGAACGGUUGACCUAUGCUAAUUGGCUCUCUAAUGAAAAUCCGUUGGUUCUUUGUUCUGUCCCUCGGCUCUCGAAGCUAAACCUCAAGCAUAUAUGUCGUUCCGACAUGACCAUCAUGCUAAGCGAUGUGCUUGCCAAGGCCCCUUCCAUAACGGAUCUGCUUCUUGAUUUUCGAAGUGAAAAGAUUUGGGUUCGACCACAACACCCAGAAUUGCUCGCACAAUUUCUCAGUAAACUACGGACCGUGAAUCUCGACAAUAUUCGCGAGGGGUGUAGUAUUUCUUGGACAAGCUUCAUCCUUGAAGCUGCACCAUCCCUAGAAGAGCUUAGCGUCACAGCAUGGGAACAUAAGUGUCAAGUGAAGUCACACCACAGUCACCCCCAAAAGACAAAUGUAGAGUGGGAGCCAUCUAGAGCUGAUUUCAAGCACAUGAAUCUGAUCAAGCUAACUAUACAUGGCUUUGACUGCAUGAACAACUUCAUGGGAUACGUCAGACGUUUCUUGGAAGCUGCGGUGAACAUCAAGGAGGUAUUUCUGCAUGAUAGGAAGGUUUCCGAGAUUUGCACUGACGACUUGGAUGGUCCUGAGGUUGAGGCACAUCUGUCGAGAUGUCCACGAAGCAGUGAGGAGAAGGAUUUGUUAAGGAAUAAGAUUUUAGAGGGUCUAGUGAUAUCUUCUUCUGUUGUGAUUCACUUCCGGCCCUCAUGCUAUGUUUCACUUCCGGUCAUGAGGUCUCCUAGACGAUGUAAUAGAUGA